UCCACGUGCGCCCCGGAGCCGGGGUCCCCGCGUCCCCUCCGGCAACCCGGGGAUCGAACCCCCCGAGGCGAUCCCUGGACCCGAUCCGGCGGCGCCGAGAGCCCGCGGGGUCGCGGGAGCCGAGCUCAGCCCAUGGGGUCCGACGUGCGGGACCUGAACGCCCUGCUGCCCGCCGCCGUGCCGUCGCUGGCCGGGGGCGGCGGCUGCGGGCUGCCCGUGAGCGGGGCGGCCCAGUGGGCGCCGGUGCUGGACUUCGCGGCCCCGGGGGCCUCGGCCUACGGCUCGCUCGGGGGGCCCGCGCCCCCCCCGGCCGCUCCGCCGCCCCCUCCGCCGCCGCCGCCCCCCCACUCCUUCAUCAAGCAGGAGCCCAGCUGGGGCGGCGCCGAGCCGCACGAGGAGCAGUGUCUGAGCGCCUUCACCUUGCACUUCUCCGGCCAGUUCACCGGGACGGCCGGCGCCUGCCGCUACGGCCCCUUCGGGCCCCCCCCGCCGGGCCAGGCGGCCUCCGGCCAGGCCAGGAUGUUCCCCAACGCGCCCUACCUGCCCAGCUGCCUGGAGAGCCAGCCCGCCAUCCGCAACCAAGGGUACAGCACGGUCACUUUCGACGGGGCGCCCAGCUACGCCCACACGCCCUCGCACCACGCGCCGCAGUUCCCCAACCACUCCUUUAAGCACGAGGACCCCAUGGGUCAGCAGGGCUCGCUGGGCGAGCAGCAGUACUCCGUGCCGCCCCCGGUCUACGGCUGCCACACCCCCACCGACAGCUGCCCCGGCAGCCAGGCCCUGCUGCUGAGGACGCCCUACAGCAGUGACAAUUUAUACCAAAUGACCUCCCAGCUUGAAUGCAUGACCUGGAAUCAGAUGAACCUAGGAGCCACCUUAAAGGGCCACGGCACAGGGUAUGAGAGCGAGAACCACACGACCCCCAUCCUCUGUGGUGCCCAGUACAGAAUACAUACCCACGGCGUCUUCCGAGGCAUCCAGGAUGUACGGCGUGUCUCUGGAGUGGCCUCCACGCUUGUCCGGUCGGCCUCCGAAACCAGCGAGAAACGUCCUUUCAUGUGUGCGUACCCGGGCUGCAAUAAGAGAUAUUUCAAGCUGUCCCACUUACAGAUGCACAGCCGGAAGCACACUGGUGAGAAACCAUACCAGUGUGACUUCAAGGACUGCGAGAGAAGGUUUUCUCGCUCAGACCAGCUCAAAAGGCACCAAAGGAGACACACAGGUGUGAAACCAUUCCAGUGUAAAACUUGUCAGCGAAAGUUUUCCCGGUCCGACCACCUGAAGACCCACACCAGGACUCAUACAGGUAAAACAAGUGAAAAGCCCUUCAGCUGUCGGUGGCACAGUUGUCAGAAAAAGUUCGCGCGGUCAGACGAGUUGGUCCGCCAUCACAACAUGCACCAGAGAAACAUGACCAAGCUCCAGCUGGCGCUUUGAGGGGCCCGACCCAGGGACAGCUCAGCAUCCCAGGCCGACUGUGAAGACUGCUUCCGAAUCUGCUUUUGAAACUGCUCCCCGAUCACCCGCGGAAGGACCCGUUGAUGGACCGUCACCCAACUUCUGAGGCAGAGCUCCCUGUUGGACGACAGCCCAGCCCAUCAGAUUUGCUGGUGGGAGUCUGUGCUCUGCCCGCUCUCGCUCAACUCCCAGGCCUGGAAGAGGGGCUCACCGUGUCUUUAAAGCACACUGCCAUUCGGUCUGAGUUUUCUACUGCUAGAAGAGCCGUUGUUGGUAACGUCUCCCUACCUUCCCCUUCCCCUUUAUGCUCAUUUCCACCAGGAUCGAAGCGAUUGUUCCAUUUUCUUUGGCGGGAUAUUUAUAGGUCAGAGCAUGUGUAUGUAUCUGCUAAUGGAAACUUUUGUCAUGGUUCCCAUUUACUAACAGCUCUAGAAAGAAAUAAAUCAGAAAGGCACCAGGGGCAAGUAUGGUGCGGACUCCAGAGGUCAGACUGCAAACAUGGAAGGCAGGGUGUAAUUCUACCAGGCGACUUUCAAAGCUCAUAGGUUUCAGGUAACUGCCUAGUGGAUUAGGAGUAACCAGAAGCCCUGUGUGGAAACCUGAAGGAGCCUUCCUGUUCAGCGAUUCACUGUUAACAUUAGCACUGUGCUCUUAAGAAAUAAUACUGUAAGAGCAGAGAUUGUUUAAAAUGUUCUUGAUUUACUUUUCAGUUGUAAUUAGAUACGUCUUCAGAGUUGUGCUUUCCUUCUCAUUCAGAGGAAGUGGAAGAAUUCAUUUCCGUCAUCUGGGGUGUCUUCAGAGUGUACAGACCACACUGGCUAUGUGGCUUCAAGUUGUAAAAAUUAAAAUGACUUUAAGAGAAAGUAGGGGCUGGUCCAGGAUCUUCACUGGUAAGACUGUUCUUAAGUAACUUAAGUAUCUUUGAAUCUGCAAGUGUUGUGGGGGGGAAAAGAUAUAUUAUUGUGAGGAAAUUCAUUGUUUAAAGGUGUGUGUGUGUUGUUGUUUUUUUUUUUAAAGGGAGGGAGUUUAUUAUUUACUGUUGCUUGAAAUACUGUGUAAAUAUAUAUAUAUGAUGUGCUCUUUGUCAACUAAAAUUAGGAGGUGUAUGAUAUUAGCUUCAUCACUGUGUGGAUGUUCAAUCUUACAGUGUAUUGAUGAUAAUGCUAAAAAUGUAACCUGCAGUGUUUUGUUUUUUUUUUUUUUUUCACUUGGCUGUCAAUUAAAGUCUAUUCAAAAAGAUAA